AUGAUGACUCACACCGACUGCAAUACACUCACUCGCCACCAGAUGUCGACCUCACACCGCACAGUCGUGGCUACGUUGGUGACCCAGGCCUGUAGAGCCACAAUGCUUCUCCAAAGACGUGGUAUGUUUACCCUUGGCCUUCGCAUGUGCUCUGGUCAUGCUGCUACUGGCCCAAAGACAGAAGCUCCAAGACCCAGCUCAAAUAUGAAUGAUUUUCGUCGGGACUUCGCCAAAGCCAACCACAUCGCUAUUGUCACCGGAGCAGGCAUUGCAGUUGCGAGUGGCCUGCCGACGUUUCGAGGAAAGCACGAAACAUGGAGGAAGUGGAAAACUCAGGACUUGGCCACUCCAGAGGCCUUCUCCCGUGUCCCCUCUCGUGUUUGGGAGUUCUUCCACUACAGGAGAGAGCUGGUGAUGGACAAGAAGCCCACAGCGGCACACUACGCCAUCGCCGAGUGCGAGGCCAGGCUGCGGGCGCGGGGAAAGGAUGUGGUCGUGAUCACUCAGUGCGUGGACGAUCUACACCUGCAGGCCGGGUCCAAGCGCGUGCUCAAGAUCCACGGUAAUCUGAUGGAGACUCGCUGUGUGAGCUGUGGCCACGUGCACGCCAACAGGCACAGUCCCAUAUGCCCCGCUCUGAAAGACACAGGCUCUCCUGAAGCAGAUGUUGCAGAUGCUCAGAUCCCUGUAGAUAAACUGCCCAGGUGUAAGAAGAGCGACUGCCAUGGUCUGCUGAGGCCCAAUGUAGUGUUUUUCGGGGAGACUCUGGAUUCACACAUUUUGACCAAAGUGGAGAAAGAAUUGGAAGAUUGUGAUCUGUGUUUAGUGGUCGGUACAUCUUCCAUUGUCUACCCGGCGGCCAUGUUUGGACCUCGAGUGGCUUCAAGAGGCGUUCAUGUCGCAGAGUUCAACCUGAGUGCAAGUCCAAAAACAGAAUACUUUACGUAUCACUUCUCUGGCCGGUGUGAAGAAACCCUGCCAGCUGCUUUGGCGCCUCUUCAGUAA